CUGGGAUGGCCGGGACUGUGGAUAGGCUGGAAGCCUGCAAUAGCCCGGAAACAUCUGGGACCACCGGAGACGCGUUGCCUGGUCCCCGAGUAUAUGCGCGUCGCUGGGUCUUUCUGCUGGUGGUCAGCCUCCUGAGCUGCUCCAACGCGAUGCUUUGGCUCAGCUUUGCACCUGUAGCAGACACCAUAGCACAGCACUUCCUCCUGUCCAUGGAGCAGGUUAACUGGCUGUCACUAAUAUACCUUGUGUUAGCCAUCCCAUUUGGCAUGGCAGCCAUAUGGGUUCUGGACUCUGUUGGCCUCCGUGGAGCGACUAUCCUGGGUGCAUGGUUGAAUUUUUCUGGGAGUUUGCUACGUGCCGUGCCGUGCUUGGCCGUCAGGAUCCCCAGUCCCUUUGCCUUCUUCAUGAGUGGCCAGAGUCUCUGUGCCCUGGCCCAGACCCUGGUCAUCUCUUCUCCAGCCAAGCUGGCUGCCUUGUGGUUUCCAGAGCACCAGCGAGCCACAGCUAACAUGAUCGGCACCAUGUCAAAUCCUCUGGGCCUCCUUAUAGCAAAUGUGUUGUCUCCUGCCCUAGUCAAGAAAGCAGAAGACAUUCCUGUGAUGCUAGGCAUCUAUAUUGUUCCUGCUGCCCUUGCCUGUCUGAUGGCCACUGUCUGCCUCUGGGAGAGUGUGCCUCCUACCCCACCAUCCACAGGGGCUGCCAACUCUACUUCAGAGAGUUUCCUCCAUGGGCUCAAACUGCUCAUACAGAAUAAGGCCUAUGUCAUCCUAGCCGUAUGCUUUGGUGGUGGCAUUGGUAUCUUCUCUAGCUUCUCAGCCCUCCUGGAACAGAUCUUUUGUGCCAAUGGCUACUCUAAUGAGUUCUCAGGCCUCUGUGGGGCUCUCUUCAUCGUGUUUGGAAUUUUGGGGGCACUGCUCCUAGGCCUGUAUGUGGAUCGGACCAAGCACUUCACUGAAGCCACCAAGAUAGGCCUCUGUCUGACUUCCAUGACCUUUGUGGCCUUUGCUCUGGUAUCCCAGCUGCAGAGACAGACCUUUGCACUGGCUGCCAUCUGCUCCCUCCUUGGGCUCUUUGGCUUCUCAGUGGCACCUGUGGUCAUGGAACUUGCAGUUGAAUGCUCAUUUCCUGUGGGUGAGGGUGCCUCUGCUGGCUUGAUCUUUGUCCUGGGGCAGGCCGAGGGCGUGCUCAUCAUGCUGCUAUUGACAGCGCUGACUGUGCAGCGAACAGGUCCAUCCUUUUCUACCUGCCAGCAGGGUGAGGACCCUCUGGACUGGACAGUGCCCCUUCUGAUGCUGGCUGGCCUAUGUACCCUUUUCACCUGUGUCUUGGUGAUCUUCUUCAACACCCCAUACCGGCGCCUGGAGGCUGAGUCUGGAGGAUCCUCUUCACCCACAAUGUGUGCCAGGAAUCCAAGGAAUGUAAACCCCACCCAAGUGUCACCACUUGAGACUCCUGGCUUGACACCUCGAGAUGAGGCCUUGAAGGAGGCUCCUGGCCCUGUCUCCAAAGCUUCUGUCUCCAAAGGGCAUUCAGAAUGGGCAGAGACUAUGACCAGAGAUGUCUAGUAAAACAUAGGCUUGCUAGAAUCUCUUUAAUUGUGCCAGCUGUGCUAAAAGCUCUGACAGAGACACAAAGUCAAUAGCAGACCCAGGGUAUGAUAGGAUGGCCUUUUGGUCCUCAGGAAGACUAUGAUGGAGUUGGAAAUAGCUGCUAUUGUAUGGAUACUGGCCAGUUAGGGUGGAUCCUGGCCAAGCCAUAUGUGUGUCUACUGCAAGAGGGCCUGUGGCAGGGGCAGAGGGAGUGAGUUAGGGACUCCUGGCAUAAGACUGGGGGAGUUCCAUAGGCUAUGGCAUGACCAGUCUGAGGUAGACAGGGAUAGGAAGAACUUGUCUCCACUCUAUGACCAGGCACUGAGCCUGAUUCUAAAAUAGCACAGCAGGUGGUGAGCUGGUCUGAGCUGAGCAGGGAACAUAUUCCCGCAAUGAGCACUCACAGCAAAGUUUAUGUGUCCAACUUUAUUGAGCUAGCUGCAGUCUGGAUGGUGGAGCAGCGUCUACUUCCUCUUCUGCAUGGGCAAGCAUAUAGGUCAGCACUUUGUAGUCUAGUUGCCAGCCACAUCGAUGAAGGCAAAACUCCAGCAUCUGUUCACCUGAAAGUGAGCCUAAGAUAGGCAGGGUAUCCAUGGGGAACUCAGAUUGGUGGUGGGAGGAGGAGGAGAGACAGGUUCCUGGGCUCCAGCAGCCCAGACACAGUAAAUUACAGGCACUGAACUUCA